AAACAGGCUGACGCUACAAAAUAUGUCGAUACUUGGUGAUCAAUCCAAAACCUCUGACCCCCAAAAUAAGAUCCAAAACCCAAAUAAUUUUCCUACAUUUCUCUAAAUUCUGCUAUCGAAACAGCAUGAGUUUUCUCGCGGGAAGACUAGCAGGAAAAGAAGGCGCCUUCUUUUUCCGGGAAUCCAAACAAGCCGUCAACCGUUUGGUAGAGAAAACCCCCAAAAACCUCUCAUCAAACCCACCGUCGCUUGAGCAACAAACUCAAGCUGACGUCCUUCCUGAGGUCCUCAAGCAUUCUUUGCCUUCUAAGAUCUUCAGGCAACCCUCCGAUGCUUCGUCUCUAUCCAGGUCCUCCAAGUGGGCCCUCCAUACUCAUCCAACCAAUGCCUCCAGUUCUUCCCCUGAUGCCUUGAACCCUCUCAGGGCUUAUGUUUCUCUACCCCAGGUUACUUUUGGCCCCAAAAGGUGGGAGUUGCCAACAUCGGAACAUUCAACCAUGGCAUCGACGGCUAAUGAAUUGCGGAAGGACAAAUAUACGCCUCUCAAUCCGGAGAAGUUGAAAGCUGCUGCUGAAGGACUUAAGCGAAUUGGAAUGGCUUUUAUAGUUGCAACUACAAUGGUAUUCGGUGGGGCCGCCUUGAUGUUUGGGAUUGCAGCCUCCAAGUUGGAGUUGCACAGUAGUGAUGAUGUCAGAACAAAAGGAAAAGACCUGGUUCAGCCUAAAUUUGACAUGAUUAGGGAACAGCUUGUUCCUCUAAGAACUUGGGCCGAAAACACAUCAAAGAAAUGGCACCUGGAAAGGGAGGAAGCUAUUAAAGAUAAACCCAUCAUAAAGGAGCUUUCUAAAACUUUAGGAGCAAAAACCAACAAUUGACUUUGUAAGUGAGCGAAAAUUUGGCAUCUACAGGUUCAUCGAAUAAAAUAAAAAGCCCGGAAACAUUUUCCUGCAACUUUUCCUCUAUUAAUGUGCAAAUCGCAUCCUAAAUGAUUUUUUGUUUCAUUUGCUGAAGCUCAUGAAAUAUCGGUGUCUAAUAUAUGGUCAGAUUGCUACAUGAAAGAA